AUGCUUCGCCGUAAGCCAACCGCAAUAGCCGUGACCUCAGAAGACCUGGCUGCAUUCGAACAAGCGCGACUUUGCAAGCUGACUCAACGCAAUGGAAAUGAGCCUCAUGCUACCGAGAAUUAUCCCGUCAACUUCGACCCAAGUGAUGAGUUGAAACCUCUGCCUGGGGAUAAGGCGAAAAUUAUUCGUUCUCGAGAGGAACGUAUAGGUGUUUCACGUCAUCAUUAA